AUGAAGCCAAAUAUUCCUAUCCAAGGAGAUUUCCAUUAAUUUGCACCAGGCAUGAUUCCUGCUAACUGUUAAUUCUAACAGAUCGUACCAAAUAUCCCAGUUCCAUAAGCUUAAGGCGCUAUGUAUAAUAUAGCAAAUCCUCAAUAGCAGAUAUAUACAAAGAACAUUUAUUAGACAUAGCCAAUUUAGAAACGUCAGGAGAAACCUAAAGAAAAGCAGAAUUUCUAACAAGAGAAAUAUUAUAAGGACAAGCCAGCAGAUUUUAAAUACCUGCAUAGCCAUGGAUACUUGGUAAACAAAGAAUUAGGUAGAGGUGGCUAUGGUGUUGUGUAUAAGGCAUAUGAAUAUCGAGAUGGAGUAGUUAACAAAAAAAAGAAGUUUGCCAUUAAAAUUAAUUUCCAAACUGUAUCUCCGGAGCUUAUAUUUUCUGAAAUAGCCUUUCUUACACUAUUAAAAGGUUAACCUUGCACACCAUAAAUGGUAGACUUGUUCACUUAAGAAGAAAAGACUCACAUAGUCAUUGAGUACUUUAAAUAUGAGCCAUUUAUUAAAUUCUUUGCAGAAUCAAAUAUGGAAGAAAUUAAACACUACAUUUAUCAAAUGCUUUUAGCUGUUAAAACUUUAAAAUCUAUGGGUAUUUAUCACAGAGAUGUUAAGCCUGGUAAUUUUCUGUAUAACACUGCUGAGAAAAAGGGAAUUUUGAUCGAUUACGGUUUAUCUGAAAUAGAUGAUAAAUUUAUUGAAAAUUUGAAAGAAUAAUAGAGACAGAAAAAGGAUCCUGAAAUACAAAAAAAAAUUGAUCUUUACUAAAAUAUCAAAAAAUGCGAAAAAAUUGUAGGAAAAAAUAAAAUAGGUACUGAGUCUUUUAUGCCUUUGGAAUCUAUUCUUAGAUACAGGGAUUAAGGAUAUUAAGUUGACAUUUGGCCAAUAGGUGUUGUAUUCCUUUAGUUCUUAUUGAAAAAGUAUAACAUAUUCAACAAUGUUAGAAUGCAAAAUAAACCUAAUCAAAAUAAAAAUAAUCACAAUAAAUCUGGUUAAAUAAAAAACACUUAUUUUAUCACUUUCAUAUUAGAGUUAGCUAAUAUUUUUGGAUCAGAUGCUGUUAUUGAGCUUUGUAGAAAAUAUGAGUAUGAAGUGAGCUUGCCUAACGAGCUUCCCAAGGGACCAAUUAACUUCAAAGAAAUUAUUAAAAAAGAAGAGUUUGAUGACGUAGCCAAUGAUUUGCUUACAAAGUUGAUAGCACUUGACUAGGCAGAUAGAAUAUCUGUUGAAGAUGCCCUGAAUCAUCCAUUUUUUGAUAGUAUAAGAGAUUAUGAAGCAAAAAAAUAGCAAUAAUAAUUAUAAAAUCAAUAAAAUCUAUAAUAACAAUAGUAAUAAUCUAUUCAUAAAAGUCAAAUAAUACAAAUAUCUCCUGAUUAAAUAUCAUAAGCUUAGUAACCUAUUUAACAAAUGCCUAAGAAAUCCCUUUCUUCUUAAAAUGCUAUGAUUUAAUAAGUAACUGUUGGAACUUAAAUAUAAAAUAAUCCAUCAAUCAUGGGCUCUUAUUAACCAUUUUUAUAUAACACUAAUCCCGGAAUAUAAAUUUUAGGACCAUUAUACAAUUAAUCUCCAUUUCCUAUUUAACAAGCAGGAGCUAUUCCUUAAGUAGUGAACCCUUAAAGUUUUUAAGCAUUUACUAAUCCAAGCAAGAAUGGUCUUAAUAUUUAACCACCUAAAUGA